GAUUGCCAAACGCCAUCUUUAAACCCCACUAGAGGCCAGCCACAGUCACACAGGGAUGAAAAACACUGCACUUACAGCAGGAUAUUGACUCAGAUCGUAAAGAUAGUCUCGUAGUUUCCUGCUCCGUUGCACUUUAAAGAACUGCCAGGACAGGAUUGGGAGAAGACGACCAGAGGACAGCGUUAGAACAUUUAAAUGUUGUUAAACAUAGACGGGGAACAACAAUAGACGGAAAGACAACAACAACGCUAGCAGUUUGCUAAGGACUGCGCUGUUUCCAAACGCAAACCAGAGGCUAGCUAGUGCUAGCUAAUUCAUUAGCAAAUUGUUUUUGUUUUUUUUCGAAUACCGUAGAAUUUAUCCGAACAAGAGUUUUAACUGUUGGAUAUUCCGCUGAACCCUGCGGCUGAGUCAGCCAUUAUCUAGUUUAUUUAAGACCAGUUUCCCCUGAAGUUUAUGUGGCGCUAGCUAGCUAAAAGCUAAGUCCUGACUUCUCGCCCUCCCCAGCGGCCCAGCCGGAGAUGAGUGGAAGAUGUCGGUGUCGGGGCUGAAGGCCGAGCUGAAGUUUUUGGAGUCCAUUUUUGAUCCAAAUCACGAACGAUUCAGGAUAAUUGAUUGGAAGCCCGACGAGCUAAGCUGCCAGUUUAAUGUAACUGGAGAAAAGUUGCUUAUUAUCCACUGCAACAUUACGGAAUCUUAUCCAUCUACGCCACCAAUAUGGUUUGUGGACUCUGACGAUCCGAGCUUGGCCCAGGUUCUGGAGAGGCUGGAAGAUGUGAGGAAAGGAAGCACCCUGCUUUUGCAGCAGUUAAAAAAACUGAUUUGCGACCUUUGUCGGUUGUACAACCUUCCUCAACAUCCUGAUGUAGAGAUGCUAGACCAGCCCCUGCCUGCAGGACCAGUGGGACAAGACCGUAAGCAUGGGACAGAGGAGGUCACGUCUGAAGAGGAAGAGGAGGAAGAGAUGGGGGAAGAUAUCGAGGACCUGGACCACUAUGAAAUGAAAGAGGAGGAGCCAGUGGAUGGGAAGAAGUCUGAAGACGACGGGAUUGAGAAAGAGAACUUGGCGAUCCUGGAGAAGAUCCGAAAGAACCAGAGACAAGACCACUUAAAUGGAGCUGUUUCUGGUUCGGUCCAGGCUUCUGACCGUCUCAUGAAGGAACUUAGAGAGAUCUAUCGGUCUCAGAGUUAUAAGACAGGGAUUUAUUCAGUUGAGCUUGUUAACGACAGUCUGUAUGAAUGGCACGUCAAACUGAGAACGGUGGAUCCUGAUAGCCCUUUACACAGUGAUUUACAGGUCCUAAAGGAGAAGGAAGGAAUGGACUACAUUUUAUUAAACUUCUCAUAUAAAGAUAAUUUCCCCUUUGAUCCACCUUUCGUCAGAGUAGUUUCCCCAGUGCUUUCCGGAGGUUACGUUCUUGGAGGAGGCGCCCUAUGUAUGGAACUUCUCACCAAGCAGGGCUGGAGCAGUGCCUAUUCCAUUGAGUCUGUCAUCAUGCAGAUCAAUGCCACUUUAGUCAAAGGAAAAGCCAGAGUGCAGUUUGGAGCCAAUAAAAACCAGUACAAUCUCGCCAGAGCACAGCAGUCCUACAAAUCCCUGGUUCAGAUUCAUGAAAAGAAUGGCUGGUACACACCCCCGAAGGAGGAUGGCUAAUAGAGACUGUUGCCUUUCCUGCAUUGGGACCACAUGUCUUAGAUUAUUUUACUUUGCGACCAAUAUUGUUUUUAUCCUUCUAGUAAUAUUAUUCUCUCUCAUUGACAGUUUACAUUUGAAACCAAAUUCCUAUUUUAAUUUCUAGCCAAAAAAAAAGGCACAUAGCUACGGAUACCUUCACCACCACCUGAAGUUGGGACACCACCGUUGCUGGCAUUGACCUCCUUUCUUCAGAUACUCAUCUCUAACUAAAUCUCUGCGAUCUAAUGUUUGUAUUCCAAGUCCCAUCAAACUGGCAGACUAAAUUGUGCAAACUUGCCCUCGCGUUUGGCUCUGAGGCGUGCCCAGGUUACUCCGGCUUUGAGUGUAAAAGGUGUGGCAUGGCUUUUCUUCCACUCGUGGCACACUGACGCUCCAGUUGCCACACCCUAUCUCUCUGACCUUAAACUGGAUGUCAGACUGGCAUGCAUCAUUUCCUAAUAAGAUGGAGUGAUGGCUUGGAAGGACCUUGAAAAUGCUGGUGGUAGGGAAACUUUGCCUCUGACUUCCACGAAUUACCGCCCGCCCUAAUAUUGCGCUCAUCUUUUUAAUGACCUUCAGUUUUGGAGGGAAAAAAAAAAAAACCAGAACGCUUCUUCUAAGGCUAGUUUGCAUUUUCCCCUCAUGCCUAAAGCUUAAAGCCCUUGGUAAGGGCAGGAAUAUACACGGACUACUGCAAGGUUUUGUGGAACAGGCUGUUAUGAGGAUCAACUAGCUGCUGGCUUUUUUUCAGAUGUGGAGAAACCCACCAACAUAAUCGCAACCAGCAGCUGGAAGAGGAUGAGGCUUGUUUGGAUCACUUCACACUGUAACAACAUCGAUUUUAACUCCACUGUAAACAUGUAAAUUUGUAUUUCUGCUAAAGGAUUUAAAUGUUUAUAAUGUAACCUUGUGUAGGUCUUUGGCUGAGCAGAGACUGUAUUACUGAAUUCUUUGACCAUAACUUUCAGGGCCCUUACAACCUCUUGAAAAUAACCUAAAAGAGGGAAAAAAACGGAUACCUCUGAAGUAUCUGAAGGAAGUGAACCAGGUCCCUCUAAAAGCCGAAUGAGUACUGUAGGUAUUUUAGAUUUAAAAUCCAGAUCUUAUUUUUGGGUAACCUCAUCUUUUGUCGGUAGCAUACCAGAGGUUUAUCCACUCAGAUCACUCCGACAAACUGAACCUCACUCUUGCUAUGCAGCGGAGGGGACACAUUUUCAGACACACGCACCAUUUAUUUAACUUAAUACAUUUAGAACAGACUUGUUGUCACCUUCCAAGUUCUUAAAGCUGGUUCACUUUUUAUUUACAUCACACUUUAAAAGCUGGCUGAGGUGAAAGCAACCUUUACCUCCUGACUUUUCUUUGACCUCAGUGCUGCUGUAAAAUGCAGCCAAAGUUGCAGAUUCACAGCAAUACUCUUCUCCGUUUUAAUAUUUUCACGCCCAGAAUGAUCACCCUGGGGUCUGUUCUGUUUCCACAAUAUCUGUUCAGGUUUAAUAAAGAUGUGUCGUGCUUUGCCACAGGAAAAAAAAACAACAACAAAAUGAACUCGAGCUCGUCCCAUUACCACUUCCCUAGUUUGAUAUUCAUGACCACUCUCAGCGUGCUGAGGCUUUGAUGUAAUAUGCAGAAAACUGUGGAGCAUUCCAGUUAAUGCAGUGACAUGUUUUCCUAGUUGUUCUGUGAUUAUGUGCAUUUUUUUCUUUUAACUAAAUCAUCCUGAUAACCAGCGUAGAAGGCUUAGUUUGACAAUUUCCUGCAGUGAAUCCUCAUUUCUGAAUUAAAUUUUUCUUCUUUGGGGGGGUGUUCCAGAGUGACGGCUAACCAGAUUGGUUUAGAUAAAGUUUGUUCAUGUUCUGCUCAUCUGGCAUUUGCUUUCCUGCAACAUUGGUUUUUAGAUAAAGCAAACUACCAGACCAUAGGCAUGAUUGUUAGCUGUUGUGACGUGUUUGUAACGUAUUAUUCAUCCCAUUCUGCUCACACUGUUUAGCCCCACCCUUUGCAUUUUCUGGACGAGCAAACUCAGGAAUUCAUACUGCACACUCAACUUUGCUUAAGAUUGGUCCCGGCCGUGUCUGAUGGCCAGAUUGAAUGUUUUUUUCUCCCUCCCUGUUUUUGUUAAACUACACCCGAGUUUUACCUUUUAGACCUUGUAAAGAGUUUUUCUCGCUGCAUUCCACACAUUAUCAAGACUAAAGAUUGCUAAUGAAUUGUUCAGAAAGAUCAGACGUUUGAAGCAGACAUUACUCCCAUCCUGGGCUUGUCGAAAGGUUCAGAAAACUGCUGCCCUUUCCCUUUGAUAUUGCUGUUUUUUUGCAUGUCAGUAUAGUAGUUGGUAUAACCUCCCCCCCCUCCCUCUCAUAUUGUGGGAAACAAAGUGGUUGUUUGGGGUGGUUAUAAAGGACUAGAGAUAUAAUUAGUUGUGGUUUCCCCACUGCAUCAGUGCAGAAGUGAGAUACAGAGACGUGUGGGCUGGUUAUCUUUCAUCCUCGGCCUGCCUUUAUCAUUUAGAUGCCAGGUUGAUUCCAGUGAAUAACAGCAUCUGAGAUUUAUGUGAAAGACGUACAUGAGGUUGAUUUUUUUUUUUUUUUUUUGGGAGUAUUUGUGAAGAGCAGCUUCUCUUAAGCCAACACAUUUAUGACUAACAAGGGCGUCUCGGAUGCAUUGAUCUGAGGCCUGAACGAGCCUGAUAUUGAGCUCUUUACCUUGCAUCAUUAACAGCGGUGGCCGGGUUAUAAAGUUAUGCACUGUAAGCAUGCUUUGGUUUCUUUUUCUUUUUUUUUUUCCUAUUGCAAGGGUGAUUUUGACAAUGUAAAAACAACAAUUUGUAAACUUGCAUCAAGUUUAUGAAUAAAGACUUUUAUGAAAUAAA